AAAUGUAUAAACUGCAUGUAGUAUGUAUGUAUUUUAUUACAAUAUGAUAAAGCCAAAAUUGUUCUUAAAGGAAAUUAUUAAUUGCAAAUUAAUUUAUUGAGAAGAUAUUAGAUUAUAGUAGAAUAUAGUACAGGGGUGGCCAACAUGACUAUGUACGCGAGCCACAUGUAUUAAUAAAAUUAUAUCAAGAGCCAAAUUAUCUAAUCUGUACUUUUAUACCACAAAAGUAAUAAAGAUAGCAAACAGCCGAUAAACAUUCAAUUAAUAGAACCAAUCAAAGUAUUUUUAAUAGAAAAAAAUAAAAGUUUUCCUCAACUUUCAAAUUCAAAUUGGUUAAGAGAUUUGGCAUUAUUCACCGACAUCAUGCAACAUUUAUCAACAUUAAAUGUAUCUCUUCAAGGUCGAAAUAAAUUAGUUAAUGACCUAGGGCAAAAAGUAUUAAGUUUUCAAAAUAAACUAAAACUUUUCAUACGAGAUUUACAAUCAAACAAUUUUACUCACUUUUCAUGUUUAGAAAAAAUAGAAGCGUGCCUGAUAGAAUCAGAAAUAAAAAUUAAUUGUGACGACUAUGUACUUAAACUUGAAUUUCUAUUUACCGACUUCAAAGAACGAUUUCGAGACCUAAAGGCAUUAAAACCCUCAUUCGGAUUUUUAGAAAAUCCAUUUUUAGUUAAUGUCAUUGAAAAGGGAUGUCCAUUAUCACAUCCUAUCAUCACAAAUAAAGCGGAUCUCGAAAUAGAACUCUUGGAGUUAUUAGAAGAUGAAGGUCUUAAGCAGUUUAUAAACAAUUGUCCCUCUAUAUUGGAAUUUUGGAAGCAUAUUUCUAUAUUAAAAUACCCAAAUAUUAAAAACUGUGCGGUAAAAUUGAUAUCAAUUUUUGGAACGACGUUUUCAUGUGAAUCACUUUAUUCAACAAUGAAAAUAAUUAAGUCAAAAUAUCGUUCAAAUUUGACUGAUGAUCAUCUUACAGAAUUACUAAGAACUGCUCUUACAUCAAUUCAACCAGAUCUUAAGAAGCUUACUAAAAAAGUAGACACGAAAAAAAUACCACGCAAACAAAAUUAGCUUAAUGUUUAAUUUUUUAAUUUAUUAUUCAUAUUAAUUAAUUUUUUUUUGUUUGAUUUAAUCUAUAUUCUAUGUUCUAAGCCUUAAAUAAAUACAAUAAAAACAUUUUUUUAUAAAUGUAAACAAAAAAAAUUAAAAUAUUUUGGUUUUUGUAAAUAAGACCGCGAGCCGCAUACGACUGUGACGAGAGCCGCAUGCGGCUCGCGAGCCGUGAUUUGGCCACCCCUGAUAUAGUAGGUUGAAUAUAACUGGUUUGAAUUUAAGAGAAUUAAGGUCAUUUUGCUUGUUUCAUUUAUUAAAUCACCUAUUAUUUAUUAAACAUGAUAACGAACAGUGUUCCUAAUAUGAAUAUUUUAAAAACUAUUGG